AUGCUAAUCCCAGAACAAACCGAUCAAGAACGCCAUCUGGAAGACAAGCAACAAGGAGGGGUGAGAGAAGCCGGAGUCCUCGUGUCCCUGAAAGACGUCCCACCAGAAAUGAUGGACAAAUCCAGGGAAUGCGAAGGGAACGCAGAGGAAGGCAAGAUAAUUCCCCAAGACGGGGAACAGACAGAGCAAGAAGAUGGAAUUUAAGGACUCGCAGGCGCAGAGACAGAUCUGAAAGUGAAGGAGAAGAUAGGCAAAGACCAGGGAGAAGCAGAUCUCCCUUAAAUCGUAAUGAUGUGCCACCUCCUCCUAACGUAUAUAAUGCUGGGGAACUGGAAAUUGUAGGAAACCAGCCGGCUGAGAACAAUGAAGGAAAUCGCCAGCCAGGGCCUGCUCAAGAGCCUUCACAACCUGUUAAUGCCCAAGAUGUGGAUAACAAUGAGCCUCCCCUUGCACAAAAUGAGGACCCUCCCCAACCUAUUCCACAGGGAGCUCAGGGAGAUGAUGAGCAGGAUGAAUGCAGCAUUUGCUUGAGUGCAUUUGAUCCUGCUGAGGAAAUCAUGCUGCUGCACUGUGGUCACAGAUUCCAUAUUGAGUGCAUACAGAUGUGGCUGCAGGAACAUUGCACCUGUCCCAUGUGCAGGGCAGUUGUUAUAAUCUAA